AAAAACCAAGGUACCGGAAAAGAUUCCUCAUAGGUGCGGAUGCAAAGAUGGCGGAAGAGGAGAGCCAGUUUGAAGAAUUUGAGCAAAUAGACUUUUUAAGAGAUCGACAUGUGCGAUUCUUCCAGAGGACGCUUCAGGUGUUACCCGAGAGAUACGCAUCGCUGGAAACAACUAGGUUGACUAUCAUAUUCUUUGCUCUGUCUGGUCUCGAUGUGUUGGACGCUCUGGAUGUGAUUGAUAGAAAUGUGAUGAUUGAGUGGAUCUACUCACUACAGGUUUUGCCAACAGAGGACAAAGCUAACCUAAGUCGUUGUGGUUUUCGAGGAUCAUCACAUAUUGGAAUUCCUUACAGCACUAAGGGUCCAGGUGUGCUUCAUCCAUAUGACAGUGGCCAUGUAGCCAUGACCUACACUGGGCUCUGCUCGCUGCUAAUACUGGGAGACGACCUGAGCCGGGUUAACAAACAGGCCUGUCUGGCUGGUCUUAGAGCACUGCAGCUGGAGGAUGGCAGUUUCUACGCGGUGCCAGAAGGAAGUGAAAAUGAUAUACGGUUUAUCUACUGUGCAGCCAGUAUCUGUUACAUGCUGGAUGACUGGUCAGGCAUGGACAUCCAAAAGGCCAUUGAGUACAUUAGAGGAAGUUUGUCGUACGACAAUGGGUUUGGCCAGGGAGCUGGGCGAGAGUCACAUGGUGGCUGGACGUACUGCGCCAUAGCCUCUCUGUGUCUGAUGGGUCGACUGGAGGAGGCGCUGAGUCAGCGGGAGCUGGACAGGAUCCGGCGCUGGUGCAUCAUGAGGCAGCAGACCGGCUUCCACGGGCGCCCCAACAAACCUGUAGACACAUGUUACUCCUUUUGGGUUGGAGCUACACUUGAGCUCUUAGAUGUGUUCCAGUAUACGAACUUUGACAAGAACAGGAGCUUCAUCCUGUCCACGCAGGAUCGGCUGGUGGGAGGAUUCGCCAAGUGGCCGGACAGCCAUCCAGACCCUCUCCAUGCCUACUUGGGGCUGUGUGGUCUGUCUCUGAUCGGAGAGCCCAAUCUGCGGAAGGUCCACCCAGCUCUUAACAUCACCCAGAGAGCCUUUCAGCACCUCCAGCAGCUGCAGCAGACAUGGAGAGACAGCACUGGCAGCUGCAGCGGGCAGCAAUGACAGCAGUAUGAGCCACAACUCUGUCCACAAACAGGUUCAGUAACAGUAGUCAGUCAAGGGCAACUGGACUUUUGCUGUGUGUCUUGAAGACAUUUGGCCACUCGUCCAAGAGGUCUCCUCAUUUCAGGAAUCAGGAAGGUUUUUUUUUUAAGAUUCCAGUUCUACACUAGUGUCUUCGGGGGAACUCAUUUCCAUCUGAAGUGGCUUUUCUCUUUAAGCAAUACUGUAUAUGCCACACUUUUCUGCUGCCUUUUUAUUAGUAGACUGCAGUAAAUAACGAUGUGCAUUGUGGUUUAUGGGAGUAAAAUUAUGUGCCAGUCAAAAUUGGGUCACUGGAAGCUUCAAGGAAUUCCAGAUGCCUCAAUUUUUACAAACAUUUUAGAUAAUGAUAUUUUGGAGGCUUCUUGCUUCUUAUCCUCAUCAACAUAGUCAACGACACAAUGUGCUGUAAAUCUUCAGAGCCAAGAAUGAACACUACUGACUCACUUCACAUGGACAUCAGAAACAUUCUCAACGUAAACGUACAACGAAAUUGUGUCUUUAACCGGUUUUGGAGUAAGUAGCAGCUUCAGUAGCUGAAGGUUUUUGAUUUUAUUUGCAUUGGCUAUGGGUUUGCUAUCACUGAAUAUUAUCUUAUAUAUUAAGAAAAUAUAACAAAAGGCACUAUCCUCCCUGUAGAGGUUUUUUUUGUUUCUCUGCCCAUCUCCAUCUGUAUGCUGCUCUUCAACCUCCUUCAAAGCCUCAAGCUCUUCAGUCCCAAAGGUGAUACCAGUCUGGCAGGUAAACUCUCCCAUGUCUCUCACUGCAGCGUCCUUCACUUUCACUACUGCAGGCUUUGUUCGGUGAUCAAGAGAGGUUUCAGUGAUAAUAGAGAUGCUAGGAUGAAAUUUAUGCAAAAGUCAGCUAAGAGCCAACAACCAGCUCAAGGGCCAAAUCUAUCUAUCCUAGAAAGAAGAUAAAAAGAAUUUGUUAAGCUACAGGUCUUAUAAUUCCAAACCACAGAAAAUAUAAUUUAUUGUUUUCCUGAGGCUAACAGAAAAAUCAAUUGGGCUUCUUAAGGGAAUUUGGUAAGAAGGGGAAAAUCCCUUCUUUCCUGCAAGGUACUAGCUGGCAGUUUUAGCUUCAGAUCCCAUCCCAACCUCCCCUGACCCCUGAACACUGAAUUGAUCUGAGCUACCCUUCUGCGCCAGCUUUUGUACUCCCUGCAAGGCACCAGCCAGCCUGAAAUCCAUUGGAGAAAGAUGAAAUAGUGGUAUGGACUUCUUUUGUAAAGCACUGCGAAUUGACUCGUUGUUUUCAGAGCAGAGAGGAUGCAGGGCAAAAAAAAAAAAAACAAAGAACAAUGCACAUGAGCAGAAUGUGCCACUGAGAAUGAGGUUACGGAAAUGACGUGUUGGUCACUUCCUUUUGUGACCUGCAGCGUUGACUCCCAUCAAUAUUGGGCACCACAAGCACUACCCAUUGCUGGCAAAGAUGCUCCCAGUCAAUAAAAGCCAGUUGUCAUACGAGCAACCUUUCAGCCCCUGAAGCCGAGCUACAAAUUGGAAAUUUAUGGUUUUAAAUCCUAAGCUCCUAACCUGGCGUCACAUGGGCACUGAAAUUCUCAUUUUAGCCCAACCUGUUCCUCUUGCCUUGCCAUCACAUCAGUGUUCUCUUUCCUGGCAAGCAGCAUUUCCCCCUGCCGAAGCCACACCCUGUCAUUAUAAGACCACUGUCACAGCAAACACCUGCUCCCCGCGAUGACGAGAAAGGAGGAGACGGUAUCACACCAGGUCAAAAACACAGUGUGGCCCGUCUGUAGCAUGUUACCUGCGGGAGUCUGCUGUGUGUAGCGUCAGGUCUGACUGGAUAUGGAAAUUAUAUCACCUCAGUGACUUCCCUUCCUCCAUCUUAAAUGGAGCUGCUCUUUUCCUCCUCUUCCUCCCCGCCAAGUUGCCCUUGUUUUUUUUCCCCGACUUAGAAAGCAGAGCAGACAGACGGAGAAAAGGAGAGAAAGAGGGGAGGAGAGGUGAAUAAAUAAAUAAUCUGAGCCAUCCAUUAUUAAAUAUAAAGUGUUGGUGGCUGGAAUCUCCUCUCUGAACCCUAACCAACCCCCACUGUUGUACACUCUUGUUUGGGUGCAAAAACAAUUGCUUUUAGCCAACUGCAUUCUAUAUUGUUGUAUUAUUAUUAUUAUGUUAAUAUUUUCCCUAAGACGGUUACAGUUAGCCUUGCUGGUUGUGCUGAUUUCAGAUGUUUUUUUUUUUUUUGUAAUUUUGUUAGUUACUACAAAAUGCUUUUUAGUUUCACCUUUGGGAAAGUUAAUAUAUGACUUUCAUUGCCGCUACCUAAUCGAGCCUCAGACACACGUCAUGUGAUAAUACAACUUCAACAAAGUUAGCUUUUGAUUUAGUCAUCACACAGUAGUUCUGGUUUCAGUUUUUGUUAAUUAUGAUUAUGUUGAAAAUCUGAGUGAAAAAUGCACUGAAAGAAAACAACCAUGUUCUCCUUCUGAAGUGACUUUUACUGCUUACACGACCUCCCUCUGCUACGUUGUGUCCUUAGUGUACGUAGGCCAAGUCAUAAAGCAGGACAAAUACUCAAACUUGACUCUGAAAUGUGCCUCACGUAGCAUUGUUCUGGGUCACUGAUCUCUGAAUGCUCUCCACGUGCACAACAUGCUUAAACUGGACUUAGAUUUGGCUUUUUCUGUCAAGGAAGGCACUGGAUAUGAGCGCUAUCUUUAGGGGAUGGAGGAAAGGUUUAUCCUGAACCCUUGGAAACAGGAAGUGGAGCACCCUCGCUGUAAAUUAAUUUUUCCUCCUCCCAUCUUUGUAGAGUUCUGUCAGACAUAACCUUGACUGGCAGAGGUCAUUUUACUAGAAUCUGGCUUCAUGUCUAGUUGACAGUGUUUUCCCAGAGGGAAGUAUUUGUUGAGACGGAACCCAUAAAUGCUUACUUGACCUUUAAAAAGGAUGAAAGAUCAGAUGGAUGGAUGGCUCAGCCAAGUACUGCAGAUGAAGGCUGCAUCUCAGCAUUUGUUAUAUCACAUCUCCUUUUUUUUUUUGCUGCAUCAUGCUGCAGUGGAUGCCUUCAGUCCCACGGCAGGAAAAGAAGUGACCGAGGCUGUGUCCUUUUAAGCCAGCUGCAGUGACAGCUGUGUGCAUACGGUCCCAAGGUGUGAAAGUGAUUAUGAGGGUCUUUAUAAGAUGCAGGAGAGGCAGGAAUACCACAUACGGUCAACCAUGAACCCUUGCUCUAUCAUCAGCUAAUAUAAAUAAUGUAACAAUAAAUGUAAUGGAAUUUAUUUUUUCUAUGCUUUGUAGAAAUAUUGAGUGUAGAUAAAAUGUAAAUGUCUAUAAAUAUGUGACUUCUAUUGUGCAAGUGCUCAAGAUGAAAAAAAAAAACAAUGUUUACAGCUACACCACAGAAGACAGUCAGAGGACUUGGAUAUGCAAAUGUUGGUAUGUUGUGUAUUAUAGUAUUUCAGCUUUGAAUUUGAGGACAGUAAUGUUGAUUGUAGCUUGGCGGCGCAUACUGUAUUUAUGGUGAAUAAAAAUGUACUAACUUUUA